AUGAGAAUUUUAUCGGAGAAAAACGGCGGUAUUUUUAAUUUUUGAUUGGUCGGGAACCAGACUAUCUGUUCCUUACAACAUAUACAGGGAAAAGGGGUUUUGCUCGCAAGUACUGAGUACAAUUAAAUUCGGCGGCUAGGUACUCCGGGACAGCCGCAGUCAGGCUCCAUGCGUCCACACCGAUGAUGGACAACCUAUAUAAUAUACGUCUGUCUGUAUGAAAAAUCUGCACACCGGCAAAUCGAUCCGCCAACAAAACAUCUCACAAAAGGGGAACAAUAAAUAUCGCUAAUGAGCGGAGACUCAAACGAGGAGUCUUGUAAAAGGAAAAAAAAUAUCGAUUCCGUCGAACGGGGACGUAGAAUAAUCCGUACAAAUGUAAAAAUAGAUCCAGACAUCGGUCAGGCAAUACGAGCAAAUAAAAUCAAAUAUCAAAUAUAAUUUUAAAAUUAAAUGGGGAAUAACUGUGGAAUACGGCCAUGACGAGAAUAUAAUGUAACGUGCAUUUAGACGACCCGGCUAGUUUUUGUUCUUAUCGAUAACGUCCGCGAACGGUUCAAUAUGCAGCGAUUGUCGCGGCACAAGCAAUGUGACCUGCCAAAUUGUUUUUAAACGGGAAAACUGUAAAAUUUUAACGGCCGCCAUACUGCGAUCGAAACACGGAACAGACAUUGAAUUUUCGUGAUGGACAAUUCAAAGAUUUCAACAUGCAUUUCAUACAUCGGCAAAAUAAAUAAAACAAGAACGAUACCGAGCGUGGUUUUCUAACGGGGAAUUGAUUGAUGCCAAGCACGUGCUUAACGUAAGUAAAAACUAUAAAAACAACACUGAGCACCACAGCCGUUUUUAUUUUGAUUAUCGUUCACCGGUUAUACUACAACCGUGAUACCAUUGUAGGGUACUAGUUGGUAAAAACGUCUUAGCUAGUAUGUCUAUGAUUUGUAUAUACCAUGCCGUAUCAAUGUGAUAAUGCGUAUGCUACGGAUGCACCUAUAGCCUGUCCCUGGAGAGAACGGUCCGCUUGUGCGCAUGUUUUCCCCCUUCACAUAACUUGAUUUCAGCAAAGGCAGCCGAUUGUCAUUUCUUCCGUCGUCGGUUUUUGACUAUACACCGCUAGGAUAUUUUGUAGAAAUUCGAUUGUUAUUAUUAUCAGACAUCGCGCAUCCAAGCACCUUCUAUAAUAAUCCAGACUGUUUUUUUUGUAUACAUAUUUAUUUAUUUAAUAUCUUAUUGAACACUGUAGGUAUAAUACAGUAGGUAUAAUAUAGUAGAUAUAAUACAAAACAUAAUACAAUGACUCGCCGUCAUUCAUUUUGAAAUAAUUAAAAAAACGGAGAAAAAAUUAAAAAUUGCCAAACGCCGUUGCUGCGCUGUCGAUAGAUCCGGGAGGGGAUAAAUGGAUAGUGUUGCGGCGUGGGGAUGCGCAGUAGCGCUUCGAUUUGGUCGGAGAGCGGACCGUUCUCUCCAGGAACAGACUAUAGUACAACUUUACCCCUAAUGCAUUAUACGCGCGAACGUUAAGAAAAUUCGAUGCUAGCGCUCCCGACGUGACCAAUGACCGCACAGAAGAACCGGUUAACCAAGAAAAAUUUUGCGGUACUGCGGUUCGUGUUCAGUCUCACGCUUGAAUUUACUUCAUGUUCGUAGUUCGUGAAGCUUCAUUUCAUGACAUAAGUACGCGAUACGCAAUUCUGUAACACAGGCACUAGUUGUGCACUUAGACAAGUAUACCUCCUUGUGCACCGUUCUCGUCUCGUUGUAGCCGAUGUUUGUAAAAGUUUGAAUUUAUUUUUGUACGUUGUCAGGAGCAAAAUUGACAUCUUUUUUGAAAGUUGAAUUUAAAACUUGACCACUGUCGCUGUUUUACUUCUAUUUGCAGUAGGUACGUUUUUUGGUUUAUUGCAAAUGUGCAUCAAAAUUUAAAUUGUAACGUCACGCAAUUUGCUCGUAUUUGUAAAGUUAUGAAUGUAUUGUGACCUCUGAAAACUACUUGAAAAAACAAUGCAGAAUAAUAAUUAUUGUAGUUUUAACGUUGAAUACGAUAACAAUUUAUAGUAACUGACGAAAUUGACGAUAUUUUAUCAAAAUGUAUACGUUUUAAUGACUCUGUCUUGAAGCUAAAAAUAAUCAAAAACCAUUUAAGAACAACUAUGAAUAGUUCCAGAUUCAACUAUUUGAUUAUACUUGAUUCUGAGAAAGACAUUUUGGAUAAGAUUGAAAUGACAAAUAUUAUUAAAAUAUGGGAAUCUUUAAAAGAAAUAAGAAUCUCAGUGCAACAUUUAUUAUAUUUCAUUUUUUUUUUUUUUGCAAUAUAUUCUGAUAAUGUUUUGAAUUAAAUAAUUUGUUGGAAUUUUUGAUUUGUAAAAUUGAAUACAUACUAAUAGAUACUUGUUAAGAAAAAACAGUUAUUGUUUCAUGAUACCCAUUUAAAAUAGAAAUAGAUAUAGUUAUAAAGACACUAAAAAUUGGAUUCGAGCAAAAACUCUUUAACAGUAAAAGGGAAAUUUUAUUGUUGGUAAACGGCUUUUUAAAUAUUGAAAAGUUUCUCUAGGAUUUUGUUUGAUUUUAUCCUAUAAUACAAAAACAUAUUAUUACACUUUCGUGUAAUCGUUUGAUAUCACACAUGAAACUGUCAUACUAACCAAUCGCAUUUACGGUUUAACGAAUUCUCACUCAGGAACAAUAACGUAAAAUUAAUAAAUGUGUCUGGUGAAUAUUGGAAAUGCUAAAUUAAAACGCGUUUUUACCGGAAUUUCGACGUUUACGCUGCGUUCAACGUGAACGCGGUAAAGGCGGUGCGGGCGACGCGGUGAAUAAAAUUAUCAAAUAUAUAAAAAUAGAUUAGAUUGUCCAUCGUACGCGAUGGACGCGGGCGACGCGCGGUUUGAAAAUCAAAUCAUUUUGCUUUUGGUCGCGCGUUUAAUCGAAUAGAUGUCAAAAUAUUUAAAUCACAAUUUACGAUUUAUUCAUUAUACGAUACGAAUAGGUAAACAGGUAAUAUAAAUUAUUAAAUAAAAAUAUAUAGUGUUAUAACUAUAAUAUGAUAUAUUUACAUAUCAGAUAUUGUUGUAUGGUCUCAAUAUGGAGCUCAUUAUAUCCGAAGUACAAUAAAAGAAAUGUUCUUUGGAAUAAAUUUAACACAAAGUAUAGAGACAGAUUGGUGUCCGAGAAAGAAUGGAAAGCUGUUGCCAGAACGGUAA